AUGGCUCCAAAGAAAGUGGAACCCAAGAAGACGGCAGAGGCAAAGAAGCCGGCGGAAGCCACAAAGAAGGACGAGGGUGCGGCGGCGCCGCCUCCAAAAGCGCCAGAAGCGGAGUCCAAACCUCCUGAGGUGGACCUGAAAAGCGUGGUUGUGGAGUUCAGCGCCGAGCAGAUCGAGGAGUUCCGCGACGCCUUCACGCUGUUUGACGAGACCCCGACGGGCGAGAUGAAGAUCACGUACAGCCAGUGCGGCGACGUGAUGCGCGCCCUGGGCCACAACCCCACCAACGACGACGUGCUGAAGCUGCUGGGUCGGCCCAAGGCCGAGGAGAUGCACACCAAACUGCUGGACUUUGACAGCUUCCUGCCCAUGCUGCAGCACGUGGCCCGCGCCAAAGACCACGGACACUUUGAGGACUUCGUGGAGGGUCUCAGGGUCUUCGACAAAGAGGGAAACGGCACCGUCAUGGGGGCGGAGCUUCGCCAUGUCCUUUCCACCCUGGGGGAGAAGAUGACGGAGGACGAGGUGGACCGGCUCAUGGCGGGACAGGAAGACGCCAACGGACACAUCAACUACACCGAGUUUGUCAAACACAUCCUGGCCGGGUGA